AUGGCCAAAAUUGCCAUCGUCAUUUAUUCAAUGUACGGUCAUAUCGCAAAGAUGGCCGAAGCUGCAAAAAAGGGCAUCGAAGAAGAUGGAGGGAGCGCUACCAUCAUGCAGGUCCCUGAGACUCUUCCCCAGGAAGUCCUAGAGAAGAUGCACGCACCUCCGAAACCGGCCUAUCCGGUUGCUUCUCCGGCUGACCUCGUUGACUAUGACGGCAUCCUGCUAGGCAUUUCUACUCGCUAUGGUGGAUUCCCUGCACAGUUCAAGUCCUUCUGGGACGCCUCGGGGCAGCUCUGGCAGGCAGGUGCUUUGUGGGGCAAGUAUGCUGGUGCCUUCGUCUCGACAGGUGGUCCUGGAGGUGGACAAGAGUCGACAUACUUUUCUAUUUUGACCACGCUUGUGCACCAUGGCCUCGUCUUUGUUCCCUUGGGAUACAAGCAUACAAAUGCUCUCUGGAACGCAAACUUUAACGAGCUGCACGGCGGUUCGCCGUUUGGUGCCGGAACCUUUGCUGGAGACGGCACACGCCAACCCAGCGAGCUAGAACUCAACGUUGCUUCGAUUCAGGCUCGUGAGUUCCAUAAGAUUGUCGCCAAACACCCGGCUCCUGCUGCAGCUGCACCUGCUCCCGCGACUGAGUCGACAGAGAAGGCGAAGCCUGUUGCCAAAGAGGCUACUACUACAUCAAAUCACAAGGCAGAGCCUUCGAAGAACUCGACGGCGACCACCGACUCGAAACCCAAGAAGAGGCGUAGUAUCUUUGCGAAGAUUGCGGGUCUCAAGGAGUAG